CAACAAACAGUGUGACGAUAAAUAUGCGUGAUAGCUAGCCCUGUUCUUAAAUAGUCCACUUACAGCAGCAGAGGCAUUCCUGUAAAAAAUGUUCCUCCUAAUCCACUGUUUUUGCAGGAAACGAUCCAAGUGGCAUCCAUCAACAGCUAUGGAAUGAAUGCUUUGGAACUUGCCCUGGACAUGAAACGAGAGGACAUCGUGGAAAUACUCUGUGCACAAAGAGAGUCAUUAAAAAGUCAGCCUGGAGCGGACAGCAGCAAUCCAGAAAAAUUUUCGACCAAUGCUGGCUCAGAACCAGUCGCAGAACGAGCUGAAGGUGGCCGUAUCAGUCUUCGUUCAAGAGUGGUGGCAGCGCUAGAGUCCGAGGAAAAUGCUACCAGGGUCCUCAAGUUGCUGGAGGACAGCAAAGACACCGUUGUGAAGAAGAUGAUAGCUUUCCUUCGAGUUUCUGGGCUCGGUGAAACGAUCUAUCUCAAGUAUCUUCAGGACUAUGAUGAUGAUGCCCUUCGAAGACUUUUCGUUAAUGUCCUGGAAAUCCCUCUUGACUAAGAUGGCACAGUGCCACUCUAUUGCUAUUAGCAUUUCUGCUUGUAUAUUUUGAAUAAACGACUGCUUUGUUCUUAAAACGAAA